AUGGCGACGUUAAAUGAAUGUUUAUUGAACGAAGCGCUGUAUAAAAUUUUUCAAAUAACAGGUAAAAGGCUAACCUUGAAAGAUGAGCAAAAAGAAGCAGUAAAGAGUCUUCUUUCUGGAAGGGAUGUUCUUGCGAUCUUGCCGACAGGCUUUGGCAAAAGUCUGAUUUUUCAAUUAUUUGCCAUUGCAAAGUCAAUCGAAGCUACACGAGCCAGCACCAGCCCAGGCACUGUUCUUGUCAUUUGUCCUUUGGAUAGUAUUGUGAAAGAUCAACUAACAGAGGCUGAGACAUAUGGGCUUAAAGCCGUUUCCCUUUCAAGUUCAGAAAUGUUUGAACACAUGAAUGAUGCCCCUGAUGUUGUAUUCGCCUCUGCCAAAGCAGUGAGCCAGAAGGCAUUUAGGGAAUCGCUGAAGAGGACACGAAAUAUCCAUGCUAUAGUUAUAGACGAGUCACAUACUGUGGAAACAUGGACAGGAAAAAGGUAAACAGUAAACUUAUUUCUUAUUUAUGAAUUUUAAUUACUUCCAAAGCUUCGAUCUUCAUAUUAUAUUAUAUUAUAUUAUAUUUACACGCCUGUAGUCAGUGGAAAUCAGCCAGCUAUAUAUGUAUUAAAAAUGAAUAUAAAUUGAUACUGUCUCCUCCCAUGUCGAAGAAUACAUUGAGAAAAUUGCAAAAUUUCUCAAUAAAUUGUUUCUAUUAUUGCUUCUUAUUUGGGGAUGUAUUCUCUUACAGAAACAAGAAAGACAAAGUUUUCAGAAGUGCUUAUGGGGAGUUGUCAAUUCUGCGGUCCUUUUGUAAGAAAGGUUUGUACUCCUGUAUUGUUUGUUUGGAAUAUUAAAAUAAUUUAAAACAGAUAUUACUAAAACAUGUUGUCUUCCACCCCAAUGUGUUCUACUUUAUUAUUUUACUCUGUCUAAUGCCGGAAUCGUUUACUUGUCAAUUGGAGGGUUGCACAGGUUUGAAUUUUAUUUAUAGGCUAGAAUAUUGGUCAACCCAUGAAGGUGUAUUAAAUUAACCCUGCUACGCCCUUCAACGUUCUAGUACAUUUACCAUUAUCGAAAGUACAUACUCCCCUCCCCAUCUGAGCAGCAGAAAUUUUAUCUGUGGGGGUAGUGAGAAUCUUUUCUGGAAUUACCUAUUGUAAAGUACAUAAUAAGAUAUGGUACCACAUUUAAUAUAAAAUAUAAUUUUGCAGACACACCAUUCCUAGCACUAACUGCCACUGCUGACAAGAAAACCCAGGGUACUAUUAUUAGUCUGAUGUCACUACAUGACCCAGUGAAGCUAUUAAUCAGUCCAGAGAGGAAGAAUUUACGCAUCUCAGUGACAAAGUGCAAAAAGAUCACAAUAUUUGGAAAACUGGAUUGGCUGAUUGACUUAGCUUUGGAAAAAGGGGUGAAUAUGCCAAAAACAAUCAUAUUCUGCAAUAUGAUGAAUGAAAUGGCUUCCGUCUGCAAUUAUUUGUUUUUAAAAAUGGGAAAAUACAUAUAUUAUGAAACAGCCGAUGGUGUAAGAUCCUGCAUUGUUGGCGUAUACCAUUCCAUUACUUGGGCUGCCACUAAGAAAAGACUUCUUGCUUCAUUUAAGGGUUCUGGGGAUGAUACCAAAAUAAUUAUAAUUGCUUCAACAGCGUUGAGUAUGGGUGUUAACUUUCCUGAUGUACAUUAUGUGAUUAACUGGGGGCCACCAAGGACACUCAUAGACUAUCAUCAAGAGGCAGGACGAGCAGGUUGAAAUGGAGAGCAUGCCCAUAGUAUAAUAAUCUACCAUGGCAACCAGUCUGCUCACUGUGAAGAUGAUGUUAAACAAUUUGUUCGUACCGAAGGAUGCUAUCGUGUGGCAAGUUUAAAGCCUUUUGUUCCCAAUGUUGUGCCUGUAGAACCUCUUCAUGACUGUUGGAGCAAUUGCUGCCUUAAUUGCAAGUGCAGUGAUGGCUGUAGUAGUUCAAAUCUUCCAUUUGAAAAAGAUCUUGUAUCAGACCAGGAAGCACCUCAGCCACUAAGGAAGAGAGAUACCACUGACCAACAGAGAAAUGACAUUUGUGAUGCCCUUACGGAACUCAAGGACAAGUUUAAGCACCAUUGCCCUCUAGAGGUCCAUG